CGUUAACUGUAAACCCUAAACCCUAGCGAUUUUACUGAAGAAAUAACAAAACACGAAACACACACAAAUCCUUCACACUCUUCCAAUCUCCAAUGGCGCCAGCAACUCGGAACAAACCUUCAAAGUCACCCAAACUUCAAAAAGCUCCUAAAAAAGUACAAAUUAUUCCCGUCAAAGCCGAUUCCUCCUCCGAAUCCGAAGAAGAAGCACCGCCACAGCACCUCGAGCUCGACGACGGCGGCAACGACUCUGGUUCCGAUUCAGACUUAUCUUCCGACGGAGAUGAUCAGUUAGCCGAUGAUUUCCUACAAGGAAGCGACGACGAAGGCGACGACGAGGACGAAGAGAAAGCCUCAGGUUCGGAGUCUGGUUCGGAGUUGGAUUCUGAUUCGGAUGACGAUGAUGGCGAUAUUGAGAAGAAGUCUAAAGCUAUUGAUGAAGCAAGGGAGAGAGAGAAAGAGGAUGCUGAAGCUGAAAUGCAGACUAAUAUCCAAGAAGAGUCUGAUGAGUUUAGAUUACCAACUAAAGAGGAACUUGAGGAAGAGGCUUUGCGGCCACCAGAUCUUUCCAAUCUUCAAAGGAGGAUUAAAGAGAUUGUUCGUGUUCUUUCCAAUUUUAAGGCCUUGAGGCAAGAUGAGUCGACGAGGAAGGAGUAUAUUCAACAGCUUAAGAAUGAUAUACGUUCGUAUUAUGGCUACAAUGAGUUUCUAAUUGGUGCUUUAGUGGAGAUGUUUCCGGUUGUUGAACUGAUGGAAUUGAUUGAAGCUUUUGAGAAGCCUCGCCCUAUAUGUCUGAGGACAAACACUUUAAAGACACGCAGACGGGAUUUGGCAGAUGUCUUGAUUAACAGAGGAGUAAAUCUGGAUCCCCUGAGCAAAUGGUCAAAAGUUGGACUUGUAGUGUAUGAUUCUCAAGUACCAAUUGGUGCCACCCCAGAGUACAUGGCUGGUUUUUACAUGCUUCAAAGUGCUAGUUCUUUUCUGCCCGUGAUGGCCUUGGCUCCUCAAGAAAAGGAGCGAAUUGUUGAUAUGGCGGCUGCUCCUGGUGGUAAAACAACUUACAUUGCUGCUCUAAUGAAAAACUCUGGAAUAAUUUUUGCAAAUGAAAUAAAGGUGCCACGACUGAAAUCUCUGACUGCAAAUUUGCAUCGGAUGGGUGUAUCAAAUACCGUAGUCUGCAACUAUGACGGGAAGGAGCUUCCAAAGGUUAUGGGUCUCAAUUCUGUUGAUAGGGUAUUAUUGGAUGCCCCUUGCAGUGGAACUGGGGUUAUAUCCAAAGAUGAGUCAGUUAAGACAUCUAAAAACUAUGAAGAUAUUAAGAAAUGUGCCCAUCUACAGAAGGAGCUCAUUCUUGCUGCAAUUGACAUGGUAGAUGCUAAUUCAAAAUCUGGGGGAUACAUUGUAUAUUCUACAUGCUCAAUCAUGGUUACCGAGAAUGAAGCAGUUAUUGAUUACGCCCUCAAAAGGAGGGAUGUUAAGCUGGUUCCUUGCGGACUUGACUUUGGGCGUCCAGGGUUCACCAAAUUUAGGGAACUGCGUUUUCACCCUACAUUAGAUAAGACGAGACGUUUUUAUCCCCAUGUACACAAUAUGGAUGGAUUUUUUGUUGCCAAGUUGAAAAAAAUGAGCAACUCAAAACUUGGUCCAAAAUCAUCCGAAACAUCUGAAAAUGUCGAAGAAGAAACAGAGCUUGUGAACGUCGAAGAAGAAGAUAAACCAAACGAUGACAUAAAAGAAAAUGGCAAACAAUCUUCGGAAUCUGAAUCCAAAAAGGGGAAGAGUGAGAAAUUCCCUUCCAAACCAAGUAGUAAUGGUGUAAACACUAAUGUCAAAGAAUCUUCUGAACGUGAACUCAAGAAAAGGGUGAAAAUGAAAUUUCCAUCAAAAGAGGAGAUUUCAAAAUCCAGAGAGGAGAGGAGACUUGCUUUAAUAGAAAACAAGAGAAAAGGUGUUAAGCUGCCAGAAAACAAGGGAACAGGAGAAAACAGGAGAUGGGUUAAGAAGCCAACAAAAAGAAGCAGAGAGGAGAAGAAGAGACCUGCUUUAAUAGAAAACGAGAGAAAAGGUGUUAAGCAGCCAGAAAACAAGAGAACAGGAGUUAAGAAACAAAGAAGAGAAUGAUGACAGUGGCAAUACAGCAAGUAGUGAUUACCAACUGUCACAAAAAUGUCCCCUGGAGUCAGUGGCAUGACCUGAUCGAAGGUCCCAGUUUUGUUUCUUUAUGCUAUUUAGCGGAGGCAUGUAUUAACAUCUAUGUGCUAAGCUGUAAAAUCUGAACGGAAAGAAUUAUUUUUUUAGACGUGAAUUAAUUUAAAUUAGUUAUCUAUUGACUGU